GAAGACAUAUAAUAAAUAAGCAAAUAAGGAAAAUAGAAUCAAAGCAACUGACAACGGCCGAUAAACGGUCCCACCAUCUGCAGUUCAGAUGAGUAGGCUGAGAUGUAGGGAAUCAAGGCGAAAGGAGGAGAGGUUGCCUCUGUUUACGAUGGUACCUUUCUUGCUUCUACCGAGACUGUAAACUUUGAAUGGUAGAAGACUCUCAAGAUUCCAAAACCCCACGCAUAAACAUCUUCUCAAGCUCCUUCUCACCAAACCCUACCCUCAGAGCAUAACUCCAAUGAUACGUCAUAAUAAUUAUAAUAAUAAUAAUUAUUAUAUAUUUUUUUAGGAAACAAGUUAUAAAUAUAAAGGCGAAAUGGAAGCCAUUGUUUCGAUGCUGUAGUUUCAGAUCCACACUGUUGUUUUUCUUUUAAAAUAGAUUUCUAUUUUAGGGUUUCCCCCCAAUUUUUGGUAAGGGUUGUCUGAGAAGUGAGAACCGGGAAAGAAAAAAAACCCUAGGGUUUACGAGGCGAUGUCUGCAGGAGUCUGUGGGAAGCGGGUGGGUUUCGAAGAAAUCUUCGGAUCUUCUUCGACUUCGUCGAAGAGGUCCAGGUGCUCCACUUUCGGAUCUCCGGUCCGAUCGUCCGAUUUCGGAUCCGGAUCUGACGAUUCGGUUUCUGUCUUGCUCCAAAUGUUCCCUAACUUGGACCGUGAGAUGGUGGAAACUGUUCUUAGAACUCAUAAUAAUAAAAUUGAAGAUGCAAUUGAGAGUCUUCAUGCACUUUCCCUUGGUGAUACUAUUGCAAGAAAUGAAUCACAAGGACUCGAUUCUGCGAUGAUGGGAAACAAUGACACUGGUCCUGCUCAGAGUGAGCAUGAAUAUGGUCAGACGACGGAGCAGAAGGUUGAAGAUGUGCAGGACCUCAAAUCGAUGUUUGAAUUUGGAAAUGCAAUGGAUGGGUCCAAAUGGGUGGAUCUUUUUGUCCAUGAGAUGAUGAACGCAACUGAUCUUAGUGAUGCUAGGGCACGAGCAGCCAGGAUUUUAGAGGCUUUUGAAAAAAAUGUUGUUUCCCACUCAAUGGAAUUAAAGGAGCUGGAGCAUGCAUCUCUGAAGGAACAUCUUCAGAACUUCUUAAGAGAUAACCAAAUUUUAAAGAGAGCGGUUGCCAUCCAGCAUGAUCGCAACUUAGAGCAAGAAGAGAGGGCUAGGGAAGUGCAACAAUUAAAGGAUGUGAUAAGACAGUACCAAGAACAAGUUCGAGCUUUAGAGCUUAACAACUAUACAUUAAAGCUUCAUCUGCAGAGGGCCCAAGGAAGUAGCUCAAUUCCUGGCCAAUUUCACCCAGAUAUAUUCUAAAGGUUGAUUUGUGUUUCUUGCUUCAUUUGUUGUUUCCCAAUAUUUACUAUUUACUUAUUUACAUCACAAAGAGGUAACAACCUGAAUCAAGGUUAGUACAAAGUUGUUGCCUGUUAAAAAAAAAAAAAAAUAGUUAAUACAAAGUUGUUGUACUAAAUUUGCUGGAUACCCAUAUAAGUUGAGACAAAUACAUAUUGGCAGCUUGUGUGAAA